AUGAAGAAUAACAUCGCAAAGGGAGUCUUUGGAGAUAGUCCUGACUAUGAGUUCGACAAGUCAACCAGCUUCUGGGAUGAGAUUCUUUGGGGAGGCGCUUGGAUAUAUUAUGCUACUGGAAAUAUAACUUAUCUUGAGCUAGUUACAAGUCACGAGUUGGCCACACGUGUUAAUGCCUUUGGAAAUAACCCUGACUAUGGUGUUUUUAGCUGGGACAACAAACUCCCUGGAACUCAGAAUAGCAUCGCAGAGAGAGUCUUUGGUAAUCCAUAUCCUCAAGGCGCAUCCAGCAAUAAUGCUCGUUGCGAACAACACGUCCCUGACCUGUUGCGACCUGUGGAAAUAGUAUAA